GUGCGUCCGCAAACAGAGACCGUACUUGGAAACAGACAGAGACCGUCAUCCCCUCCUCGAUCCCCUCCUUCUUCCUGCGAACGCACGCACCUCUCCUCCUCACCUUGCUCGCCGAGCGCCAUCCGCCGCUCUCGCCUCGCCUCGCCCGCCGAGCGCUGCCUUGCCCGCCAUCCGCCGCUCUCUCGCCUCGCCCACCGAGCGCCACCUCGCCCGCUGAGCGCCGCCUCGCAUCCCGCCCCCGCGAGCCUCGCCCGCCGCCGCCUCGAGACCGGCCGCCUAGCGACGUCCGCCGUGAGGCGAGAGCGCCGUCCGCCGCGAGACCGGCCGCUUCGCGCAGGUCGUCGUCCGCCACGAGCCCCGAGCGCAGUCGAUCCACGCCUCGGCGAGAGCGCCGUCCGCCACGAGACUGUCCUCGAGAGCGUCGUCCUCGAUCUCCAACCGCGACAGCUCCGUCCUUGAGCGCCCUCCGCGGCAGAGUCGUCCUCGUUCGUUACCGUCCGCGCGAGCCCCGUCCUAGAGCGCCGCCCGUGACUGCUUUGUUCUUGGCCGCAACAAGCACCGUCGCGCCGGUCACGACCACCUGGAACCUGAAUAUCAAGGCUAAGGAACUGCCGAACGACCUCUCCAAGCUGUACGCAACGGCCUCUGGAACUGGUCAAUACCCAAGGCUGAAAAAAUCCGACGUGAACAAGCAGCUCUAGAUGAAUGUGUGAAGUUCUUGGUGGUAGGCCCAUUGCUGAUGAGAUUAAAGAGCUGUGGGAAGACUAUGAAAACAAUUCUUCUAUUAAAGCCAAUCUUGUAAAAGAUUUUGACAAAGCUCGCGCCACGCCUGGCUGUCCGCGCGCGGGGUCCCAAGCAAAGCUUGUUAGGUGUGGGGCGCGUGGUGGACAAUAUUGUUCCUCUCUUUGUCCUUCAUCACCCCAGUUGGUCGGUCGGUCCAUCGGGCCCCGUUCGCGAGCUCGUGUUUCACAUGCGACUACUAACGUGCAAUGCACUGGAUGAUUUCUGGACACGCAUGCAUAUAUCAGUGACGAUCAGUCUCCCGUGACCUCCAUCCUCUAACCCACCACGGCAGCAACCUCGUGCCGGACGACACAUUUCCCCUGUCGAUCCACGAUGAUGCAGCAGCUCCGUCGCAGCCAGCCGAGCCCGUGUCAUCUCCGCGGCUCGCGCUUCACGGGCGCGGGGCUGCCGGCACGCCCGAUGCUCGCUCUCGGCGCGGCAGCAGCUCGCCGUUCGCGGCCCGAAACCGUGCAACUGAGCGCCUGCCACGCCGCGGCCGCGUCGGCCCAGCCCCGUCCCCGUGCCGUCGCCGACUCGGCGCUGGGAGCCUCGUCGACGAGCGUGCAGGUUAGAGGCAAGCUGCUGCUGCAGAACUUCUUCGCCGACGACGGCUCCGACAGCCAGCGGCAGCUCAGGCUCUCCAUCCAGCUUGUCAGCGCCACCGUCGCCGGUCCCGAUGGGCGCGGGGUGAAGGCGGAGGCGUCGGUGCUGGACGCCGUCGUUGGCAGCGGGGACACCGAGCUCGACGUGGACCUGACCUGGGACGAGGCGCUGGGCGCGCCCGGCGCCGUGGUGGUGAAGAACCACUCCGACUUCCCCGUGUACCUGAGGCUGCUGAGCAUGCCGACCAGAGUCCUCGGCGCCGACGACAAGGCCGCCACCACCGCCGCCGUCCACUUCGCGUGCAACGGAUGGGUCUAUCCCGUCGACAAGCACCCGUACCGCCUCUUCUUCACCAACGAUGCGUGUGUCAAGGAAGAAACGCCAAGCUCCCUGCUCAAGUACAGGGAGGACGAGCUCGCCGUGCUCCGGGGAGACGGCGAGACGGCAGACCGGCCGUUCCAGCCGUGGGACCGCGUGUACGACUACGCGCUGUACAACGACCUGGGGAACCCAGACCUUCGAAGGGACUUGGCGCGCCCCGUGCUGGGAGGAUCUCGAGAGUACCCCUACCCUCGGCGUACCAAGACCGGCCGGCCAGCCGCCAAAACAGAUCCUCAGUCGGAGAGCAGAGCGCCGCUGGACGAAGAGAUCUACGUCCCCUGCGACGAGCGCGUCGGCUUCGGCAGCGUCCCCGCGCCGACGCUUCCGCCGCUGGGCGGGCACUUCAGCUCGCUCGCGGACGUCUACCGUCUCUUCGGCCUCGACGACGUCGGCCGGCUCCCGGAGGCCAAGGGGGUCAUCAACAGCGGCGCGCCGUUCCCCGUUGUUCCCCAGGUCAUCUCAGUGAACCCGACACACUGGCGGAAGGACGAGGAGUUCGCUCGGCAAAUGAUCGCCGGGGCGAACCCGGUGUGCAUCAAGCGCGUCACCAAGUUCCCGCUGACGAGCGAGCUUGACCGCGGAGUGUUCGGCGACCAGGACAGCAAGAUAACCGAGGACCAUGUUGAGAAGAACAUGGGUGGCAUGACGCUGCAGCAGGCCGUAGAGGAGGGAAGGCUGUACGUCGUGGACCACCACGACUGGGUGAUGCCAUACCUGAAGCGCAUCAACGAGCUCCCAGGCGAGGAGGAGAAGGCCGAGGUGUCGCAGAGGAAGGUGUACGCCGCCAGAACGCUUCUGUUCCUGAAUCGCGAGGACUCGACGCUCAAACCGCUCGCGAUCGAGCUCAGCUCGCCGCACCCGGAGAAGGAGCAGCUCGGCGCGGUGAGCACGGUGUACACUCCACCGGACAGCAGGGACGACGACGACGACGGCAUCACGGCCGGGAGGUUCUCGGUUUGGGAGCUGGCCAAGGCCCACGCCGCCGCCAACGACACCGUCGAGAACAACUUCGUCACUCACUGGCUCAACACGCACGCGUCCAUGGAGCCGAUCGUGAUCGCGGCGAACCGGCAGCUGAGCGUGCUGCACCCGAUCCACAGGCUCCUCAAGCCGCACUUCCGGAAGACGCUCCACAUCAACGCCGUCGCGCGCCAGAUCGUCGUCGGCUCGGGCGACCAAAGAAAGGACGGCAGCGUCUUCCGUGGCAUACACGAGGUCACCUACUUCCCCAGCAGGUACAACAUGGAGAUGUCCUCCAUGGCAUACAGGGCCUGGAACUUCACAGGCCUUGCUCUCCCCAAUGAUCUCAUCAACAGAGGUGUGGCAAAAGGGGACGCGAAGAAGCCAGAGACGCUGGAGCUGGUGAUAAAGGACGACUACCCAUACGCGGCGGACGGGCUCGAAAUGUGGGCGGCGAUCAAGGACUGGGUGGCGGACUACUGCGCCAUCUACUACGGCGACGACGGCGCCGUGGCGAGGGACAGCGAGCUGCAGGGGUGGUGGAGCGAGGUGAGGAACGUGGGGCACGGCGACCUGUCGGACGCGCCGUGGUGGCCGGCGAUGGACUGCCUCGCGGACCUCGUGGAGACCUGCACCACCAUCGUCUGGCUGGGCUCGGCGUACCACGCGGCCAUCAGCUUCGGGCAGUACGACUACCAGGGCUUCAUCCCGAACGGGCCCUCACUCACCACGCGGCCGGUGCCGGAUCCGGAGGUGACGGUGACGGUGGCGGAGUCGGACUUCCUGGAGAGCGUCACGCCGGUGGCCGAGGCGCUCGGGUUCAUGUCCAUCUCCUCGGGCCCGCUGGGGCUGGUGGGGACGGAGGUGUACCUGGGGCAGCGGCCGGACACGGAGCAGUGGACGAGCGAGCGGAGCGCGGCCGAGGCGCUGGCGGUGUUCCGGGCGAGGUUGGAGGAGGUCGCGGGGAACAUCGAGAGGCGGAACGCUGACCCUGCGUUGAAGAACCGGACGGGGCCCGUGGAGGUGCCCUAUACGCUGCUCAAGCCGACGGCACAGCCUGGACCGGUGCUCCGUGGCAUACCCAACAGCAUCACCGUUUGAGCGGAGCGCCGCCGUAGCCAACUGUGUACGAUAUGUGGACUCGUGGAGUAUCAUCGUCGGAAUAAUAAGGUGGACUACUGGCCGUAAUAGUUGGCGUUUGUAGACCGGCGCUAGCUUGCGUGAAAUUCUCCACCACACAAAAUAAAUAAAUACGAGAAAUGGUUGAGUGUGAGACGUUUUAAAA